AUGGCACAUCAGCCUAGGGGAGCAGCAGAGACGGCCACAAAGCCCAUGGCGGCACAGAGCCUCGCACCCCAACCCAGCCUCGGGGACGGGGACCCAGGGCUUGUCUCCUCUGAGUAUCUCCAAGCCCGCCUCCGCCGUGACACCCCCUCCAGCCCUCCGGGGAGGCCCCUGCCCUGCCCCUCUCCUCCCACCCCUGCCCGGCCAGGCCAGGUGGACCGGGGUGUGGAUUACCUGUCGAAGGUUCUCGGAGGCCUGCGGCCUGUCCAGCAGAGCCUGCUCAAUGCUGUCCGGCCGCACCACGGGCCUGGGCUCACCCCGGUCCUGCGCACUGAGCAGACCCCACCGUCGGUGCUCCUCCCUUGCCUGGAGCCCUCGGGUCUGGAAGGAGACUCAGCCACAGGUCGGUAUGGCCCAGGGCUGGGCGGGGCCGGCCCGGCCUCUGAGGCACGUCUUGGGUCCCGGGGUGCUGAGAGGGGCCAGGCCGUCGUGUUCGCACAUGUCUCAGCUCCGAGCGUGGCGGCCCGGAGAGCCCACGAAGACAGCCCAGGGUCCCAAGGGUGCUGGCGCAGAGGGCGAUGCUCUCUGGACGUGGGGGAAGCCACUCUGAACAGGAACGCGACAGCUGGGGUGGCCCGAGGAGGAAGAAACAACCCUCCCACCAUGUCGGACGAGGAAGUUGAGCAGGUGGAGGGUAAGUGUCAAACGAUCUCCUCUCUGCGCCCACCCCAGACGGAAAGCUCACACUUGAGGCAGGCUCGUCCAACUGUUGACAACGUGGCUGUCCUUGGGGACCCCUGGCGGGGAACCCCAAGAAGCGCCACGGUCCGCGGUGGGCGCUAGACCGACCCCCUCUGAACAUGGGCUCCCCACUCCCGCCCCUGCAGCUGGGACCCCCUCUUUCUCCAAGGACAUGUCCCCGAGAUGUGGUCACAUGAAAACCUUGUCCCGUAUGCCCAGCCUGUCCCGCUGGCUCUCCGGGGCGGCGUCUGGGAGGGGGUCCCGGGCCCUGGCCACCCCUUCAAGCUCACCCAGCAGGACCUGGG